UGGGGCUCCCCUCCUACUUCCGUAGCCGUUAGCUGCUACAGCUGGCCAACGAGCACAUCGGCUCAGCAAACCUGUCCAUUUGGGACCACUCACGUCAAUUUUAGUUCAACAAAUAACAUCACCCCAACAUGUCGCCACCACUGUUGUUAAGGGCAUUCGUAAACGAACGUCUCGUUGCCGCCGCCGAGGAGAUAUUUGAGUUUUUUGAGCGAAUAGUAGUCAAAUACGAAGAGGAAGCUUCCAGCUCGCAGAGGGAGAUAAAACGCCUUCGAAGGGUGCUGCUGGAUGUUGUUUCACAGCAGAAAACAGACUUCUUGCAGUCAGCAGCCCAUAAGGAGGAACAUCCCCCCGAGCAACAUCCCUUCCAACGGGAGCCAAGUGUGACCAUUCGUCGUACGGAAGUAGAAUUCCGCCAAGUUAAACAGGAAAAUACGUCACUUUGGGAAGAAGGCAACCAAGUCCGUGAGGAUUCUGACAUCUUGUACACGCCUCAUUCUUCUGCUUGGGAGAAAGAUGAGCACGAAGACAGCAAAGUGCAAAUGGAUUUUGUGGAGUCACAAGAGGUGGAAAAUGCACCUUUGCUACUUCCUGUCCGCACACUUGAAGCAUCUCCACACCAGGAUGGACAGGAGAAUCAACCCCAGGAGACCCCAACAGAGCAAGCUUUCACAGAGUCGUCGCAUUUAAAUUCAAUUACGCAGGACUACCGCUGUCACCUGUGUGACAAAUCCUUCUCAUUUAACCAUCACUUGGUCAAUCACGCUCUACGCAUCCACUGGAAGGAUGUGUGCUGCGCCGUGUGCGGAGAGUCGCUGGAGUCCCCCAUACGCCUCAGUGAGCACCUUCAGUCCCAUCGGGGCUCCAAAACCUGCCCCACAUGCGGGAAGCAGUGCGGUAGCGUGAGCGCGCUGGCCGAGCACAUGACGAGUCACACGGGCGAAAAGCCCCACCGCUGCCACAUGUGCGGAAAGGAGUGCAGCCGCAAGGGCGAUUUAAAAAUACACAUGAGGAUCCACACUGGAGAGAAGCCUUACUGCUGCUCGCACUGUGGGAAGCGCUUCACGCACAGUGGACACCUGAGGAAGCACCUCAGGAGCCACACGGGCGAGAGGCCGCACACGUGUGGUGUUUGCGGGCGAGGGUUCCUGCAGAGCACGCACCUCAAAAAUCACUUGACAACUCACCGGCAGACAUCUUGAUUAACUUAUACACCAGGGACAACACAACCAGUAGACAUUGUUUGACAUGACAAAGAACCUCUGUGGCCAGUCCACGUAGACAUGCUAUAGGGCAGGGGUCUCAAACUCAAUUUACCUGGGGGCCACUGGAGCUAGGGUCUGGGCGAGACUGGGCUGCAUCAGGUUUUCCAAAAAAAAACAA